AUGUGCAGCUGUGUAUGGCCAAGCCAGAUCGACUCCAAAACGCUGCAGGCUAAUGGCGGAGCCAAGCGGAAACGGGACGUCGACUCGGCGCUUGUACAGAACUGCGAUAACCCAGUCUCUCCGACGCUGAAGUGCACCACGAACUUUAAUGCGCUCGCCAGGCAUCGUUUCUAUGACAAGGACCUCAACGUCAUUCGGACAGUAACAUACUGUACUGACGAGGCAGCUGCAGUCCCGCUAUAUUGCCAACGGAAGGAUGGGCCUGAGAACUGGUUCAUAUUGCAAGCGGAACAACAAGCGAGUCAAGACCUGCGGACGCACGUAUUCAAAAGCGGGCUGCUACCAUAUGAAAUUAACAAGUUGACAGUGAUUAUGGAGACAGUCAAAUUCACGGAGGACGCGCUCCUCUACUGUUGUGAUUUCCAUGUGCGCAUCCAGGCCGACAAAGAGGAAAUUUACUUUGGUCGAAACCGCGUGCGCAUUAAUGGACAAGCCGAAUGGCCCUCAGACCUUCAAAGGCUCACCAAGCCACUAUUGGACAAGUUACAACCAAUCGAGGCCGGAGAACUUGAUAAUUUGUGUCAUCGCGAAGACUUUCUGGGCAGCAACGUUCGGCGAGGCGAGAACUUCUGUUGGCAAGAUCGGUGCCGGAUGCGAAAUUGUUUUUACGAGCUGACGGAGGCGAAUUUUCUGUCCCAGAUGAGAGGGGCCAGCAUCCUCGCCUUCAUCGAUUUCAAUCGAUUACGUCACAAAAAACUCAUAUCUCACCUUGAUCUCACCGGUUUUUACCUGCCCGCCGAAUGGACCUAUCAAAUCCUCGAAUCUCUGUCAGGGAUCCGAGCCCGAGUUGUUUGGCAUGGAAGCCAUUUUGUACGAGUUUUAACGCUUUUUCACAUUCACAAAAUUCCGGAGUACGAUGUGCUGCUCCGAUUUCAAUGGAACGGCCAAUUCCCGCCGCUGCCAAAUGUGGAAUAUUUAACUUGGGAUAUCACGGAAUUGGAUGCGUUGCUAGAGCUCUACCGCCAGACCGGAUUCCCUUCACAAGUGCAACGUCUCCAAUUCGAGGUUCACCAAUGGGCCGAGACGGUGGCUUUCUCCGAGCCGGAUCGUGUUUUUCAAGAUAUUUCGCAAAAAUUGCGCGUUGCCCAUUUUCCAGCCCUAAAAAAGCACGUCAUGGAGGCCGGCAUAGACCCGAGCUGCAGGAUUAAGUUCACCGAACUGCAAGCGUACGCCUCGGAAUGCCUGACCGCCCAGUAUUUGAGGGGAAGAAAUCAUUUUCUCGAGCUUUCCAUCCACCUCUCCAAGGAAAUGCGGCAUUACGCCAUUAAUCUAUUGGUCGUGAACAAAUCUUUGAGAAAAUGCUAC